CAUCAGUGUGUUUCUCAUUCAGUCCGUAGUGAUCCAAACCGAUACAAACUGACUUCUAGCAGAUAUGUAUGCGGUGAAAUAUACGCACAACUAUGUCCAUCGAAGACGUGAUCGCACGAAAGUGGUGUUAAGGUAUGUGUCCACCGAUUCGUCAACCAUAGGUAUGCUCAAAUUUAUGCACAACUACAUAUACAGGAGCCAUAACCGCACCAAAAUCGUGCUAAAUAGAGUUUCCGGAAGCGAAGCCACCAAGUCAAUUAGUACGAUUGCAUUUGCAAGAAAGCUGAUGCAGUUGAACAAAGAAGAGCAACAUAUUCGGAGAUGGGACGCAGCCCUGCAAAUUGAAAACCUUAGAGCAGAGAAGUUAUCCAGUAAAGAGGACAACUAUGUUGAUAAGAACCUGGCGUCUAACAACAAUAAGGUACGAUGGACGUCCGUAAAACGUGGUUUCUUCUUGGACAACAAUUAUCCAUGUCUAUUCAUAUAUGGGGAGCAGAUGGACAUGGACUUGGACUAUAGGAUUAAGUAUUUAUGUAAAAAUGGUGUGCUGAUCGACUUCCAUGAUAUGAAGCCCAUUGAGGAAGAGCAGAUCAUUACUGAGGAAGGGGAAAUAAAAUAUGUUGUGACUUCGGAGAAAGAUCUGGGAGACCGGGUAUAUCUUAGUUUGCAUUACGAGAGUGAAUGAAAACAAAAACACAAGAUUGUUGUACGUGCCCUUCAUUGGCGAUACAUGCUCUUCAUAAACACUUUUACAUUCUCAAACGUGGUGAAGAAAAUGUACCCUAAAAAUGGAUAAAUAGCAGCUGCAACAAUUGAGCGGUGUUUAUAUUCUUUGCAGAUCUCUAUGCACUGUACUGCGACAACAUCGUAUUAUGUAUUUUAAAUGUUCUUCAAAAAUUAGAUUUGUGUAUUUUUUACGUUUUAUGUGAAAGUUUGGAGAUGUAUGCACUA